AUGGCUGAUGUGAUUAAAAGUGAUAUUGAGAAGAUCGAACGAGCUCUUAACAUUCGUGUGGAAGAUGUGGAAAUUGAAGUUGCAUUAAAUGCUGCAUAUCCUCAAACAAUUUCCAAAAUUCUCGACGAACAGCAAGUUACAAGUGAACAAAUUGAUGACAUUCCUGAUAUUGAAUUAAUAGAAGAGAACUCUCCACGCACUGAUCCAUCAUCUUUACUUACAUUUGCCACAGCACUGAACCUUUGUUAUCAGCGAAAACUGUUUCAGUUAUCAAAAUAUUGUCAAUCAUUAAGUACUACGGAGAAAGUCUAUCAAUCAUCGAAUGAAACUCUUCCAUUGCAAAGUUUCGAGUUUUAUUCAGAUCAUAUUUCCAGUCAUUUACCUGUAAAUUCUAUUUCUGUAUCCGUUGUUCGAAAAUAUGCGAGAGUUCAUUUUCAGGUGACAAAUGAAUCGAUUCAAAAUAUUCGUCGAAUGAUGCAACGAGAAGAAAAAGCACGUCUAAGUUCAAAUGAAACAACAGAAAAGUUAAUCGAAUGUGUUGCAGAAAAUCUACGCAAGACCAAAGAACACGAAUUAACUCGAAGAAUUGAGAUUUUACAAACAUCGACACGUGAUAUAGUUGUUAUCGAUCGAGAACUUCAAAAUUUGAAAAAGGCGUUGGUUGAUCUACGAACUCUAUCAAAUAGAGAAUUAAUUCAACAGGAAGGUACAAAUGAUUUCAUUGAUUGGACGUAUAUUGCUGAGACAUUAAUGAAUAAUCAAUACACUGUAAAAUGCUGCCGGCAUGCGUGGCAACAAUUGUGUUUACCAACUAUUCGUUACAAUCAUGAUUGGUCGGAAGAGGAAGAUCAACUACUAAGAGAUUUAGUGCAAAUUCAUGGACCAUAUGCGGAUCAAUGGCCAACAAUUGCAUCGAAUUUUUCGCAACGCUCAGCACUGAUGUGUGCAACUCGUUAUAUGAGUUUAGAAAACAGUCGUAUAGAUAAAUUAAAAUUUUCUAAUGAUCAAUUAAAUGAAUUCAAACAAAUGGUCGAGGAAGAUCGUCACAACAAUUAUAUUCCAUUGAACAAAAUUGCUUACAAACUCGGCUGCAGCCUUUCAACCAUACAUCGAGAAUGGCGUCGGAUUGAUCCAGAUGUUCGACGAGGCCAAUGGCAAGCACUUCUACAAAGCGUAUCAAAGCAAUCAAAUCGAAGAACAAUCAAUUGGAAUCUUGUUGCUUGUGAUGUACCUGGCCGUUCGCAAACGAAAUGUUACAAUCGAUACGUGCAUCUGACUAGAGAACGAGACAAAAUCGAAUUUCGUCCGGAAGACGAUCAAGUAUUGAUCGAACAGCAUCAGCUUCAAAAUGCUCGUUGGGCACAAAUUCAACCAUUUUUUCCUGGUAGAUCGUGUUAUACAUUACAAAAUCGACUGAGGAAACUGAUGCAAUAUCGGCACAUAAAUGAACUAUUCCACGUUCAACAAAUAACAGUUCAGUCGUUCAUUUUAAGACAAUUUCCAAGCAAAGAACCAGUCAUUUUCACUUCGAAUAGUAUGUAUCAAAGCCCUGCAUUUCAAUUAACAUACGAUCAACUGCAAUAUUUAACGUCGAAUUCUUUAUUUAUUCAACUUUGCAAUGAAAUCGACUUGAAUCAGAUAAAUGGUUCAAUGGGUAUUCGACAAUUUCUCAAUAAACUAUCUACAUGUCAAAAUGUCGAUGAAAUGAAACAACAUUUAUUUUCAAUGAAAGCAACUCGUCGUAGGACAAAUAAAUAG